AUGGGUUCGAAGGCCCUACCGAUACUCAUUACGUCUGGCUGCGCCACAUUUAAAGCCGCUCUUAGGGUACGUGUCCAAGCAGGUACGACCGUGACUCUCUUCGGCACAGGCUUCGACUUCGAACCCGGCACUUUCGCAGAUCUCAUCGAAUACCAGGCCACGAUAUCUACCACACCAGCUUGUGAAUUGUCCACCACAGAAAGCUUGGAUGUUAACAUUGGUGCUUUUGCUCAUGCUGUGGUGGAGAUCAACUUUUCGAAGUUUGGCAUGAGUCCGGCUGUCAUCACUACAAUCUUGGAAUUGCCGUUGCCGAGUCUUUGUCUCAGUCGGCAGACCGCGACGUCCGGGACGGCUUUGUCGACGGAUUCGGCACUGAAUGCGGUCACCACAAGUUUGGUGCUGCCGAUGCCGCCCACGACUGUCUCACUUCUUACAGGACCGCUUGCUACGCAUGUCAUCCCAACUCUAACGAACAAUUCAACGGGUAGAUUUUUUCUUCAGGCUUCAGGUAUAUCCUCUACCCAAAAGGUUACUGCCGUUAGAUCCAUCCCAUCAGGCAUAUUCUACACCAGACCAAUAGUAAACAGCACCAUCACAUCCGCGCCACCACUUACCACAUCGACUGUUUAUACUACCGAGAUCAUAACGCUCACAUCAUGUGCCGACACAGUACUCCAUUGCCCGGCAAGCCUGGCGACAGAAGUGCUCAUCACCAGCACCAAGAUUUUAUACACGACAGCAUGUUCCCGACCAUUCUCCAGCCAAAUUUGUGUCCUGAUCUCUGCACACUGUGGUAUCAGUAUCCAAAAUUGCUCUGCUCUCAACUUCCUCCAUCCUCACUACACAUACAACAAUCUCUUCAAAAUAAUUACUCUUCCCUUCACCGCAAUUCCCUUAUCCUCACCACCACCAACAUUAAAAAGAACAGAAGCCCUCGUAUCUCUUACUAUCAAAACUGUGUCACCACUAUCACUCAGACUCACACCCUGCGCCACGCCGCACGUCGAAACAGUCUACACGCCAACAUUCACGAACCCCGUGUAUACCAUGCCAACAGCUACCGUGUCUGCAGUGCCGUAUCCACAGUGGAAUGUCACCUCCACGUCCUUCUUGCACUCUUUUCCUGUCACUUCAAGUAGAAUUGCACGGAUCAGUGUCAGCACGAGUAGUGUUGAGCCGUUUGCUGUGUUGUUGAAUAAACCUCCCGGGGUGGAAGCUGCGUACGACUCUCCUACUGCUAUUCCUACAUCUGUUGCUCAGGGUCUUGAAGAGGUUGGAGCUGAGAAAAAUAGUAGCAAUGGCACUCUGAGAGCAAGUGCUACGGAAAGCCUCAAUACCUGCAAGGGUAUGUUGGCACCUUUCACUGGUGCAGCAUCGGGACCUGUUGGGUCUGGAAGUGCAUUUACACUUGCAAUAGCUUUGGGUGUUGGAAUAUUAGUUCUGUGGUAG